AAGAAAGAGAGGCAGCAGAGGGAGGGGAGCGAGGGAGGUAACAGUUUCCUGUCGUCUCUGCACCUUCCCCUCCGAGUGUGUUUCUGUCAGCGAGCACAGACGAAGCUGAGCGGAACAGGAUGCAGGCGAUCAAAUGUGUGGUCGUGGGAGAUGGAGCUGUCGGAAAAACAUGUCUCCUCAUCAGCUACACAACCAAUGCCUUCCCCGGGGAAUACAUUCCUACUGUGUUCGACAACUACUCGGCUAAUGUGAUGGUGGACAGCAAACCAGUCAACCUGGGCCUGUGGGAUACAGCGGGACAGGAAGACUACGACAGGCUCCGCCCGCUGUCCUACCCACAGACGGAUGUUUUCCUGAUCUGUUUCUCCCUGGUGAGCCCGGCCUCCUACGAGAACGUCAGAGCUAAGUGGUACCCGGAGGUUCGUCACCACUGCCCCUCCACACCCAUCAUCCUGGUGGGCACCAAGCUGGAUCUGCGGGACGAGAAGGACACUAUUGAGAAGCUGAAGGAGAAGAAGCUCUCACCGAUCACCUAUCCUCACGGCCUGGCUCUGGCAAAGGAUAUAGACGCAGUGAAAUACCUGGAGUGCUCGGCUCUGACCCAGCGUGGUCUGAAGACUGUGUUUGAUGAGGCCAUCCGGGCCGUGCUCUGCCCCCAGCCCACCAAGGUCAAGAAGAAGCCCUGCUCACUGCUGUAAAUGAUUCUUCCAGGACCAGGGAGACGAGAGGAAGAGAUUCAAACUGCUGAGCCCGGGUUUUAAGAAGAACAUUUGAAAUGUCUGUAAUAUUUCUAAGAGAAAAACACAACUAGAUUUCCACUAGUUAAAAAAACAAACAAACAUGCUUUCGCAGUCGUAAAACAAUGGUACAAUACUUUCUGUACAGCGGGACUGAAUCUUAAAGUUCAUUUUAUACGCAGCAGCAGCAUUUACCACAUCUCUGUAAGAUAAGACCAUUUUAUUAGAGUGUAUCACCCAGAUCACAGAUUGUAGAUGAAUCCACACUUCCUGCUUUUGUUUGCACUUCUGGGGCCCAGAGUAAAUAAAGGUGUCUUGUGCCUCUUGAAUAUUUGUUCGAGUGAAAACAUGGAGCCGCAGUAAGAUUAUCUGACGAUGUGCUUUCAGCUGUUGAUGUACGAGCGCUAACGAUUAAGAAUAAGGAUUAGGAUAUAGUUUUGUGUAAGUAGGGAAGUGAACAAUGUUUUUCAAUUAACAAUUAUUGACAAAUGUAUCCUUUGUUGUGAUAUGAAAAUAAAAGAUCUGUAUCUUUAAAA